AGCAAUUAGCUAUACCGCACCGCCUGCUGUGUACAACGCCCCUCGAACACCAUACGCCGUCCCGUUCAAUUCAUCAUCGAUCCCCAGACUUAUGCCUGCUUCCGGCUCAGAUCGCCAAUAAACUCUCACUCUUUCUCCGUUUUGUGAAUAAGAGAUUUUGACACAUCCGCCAUUCCUACAUCUAACACCAAGGGCAUUCUUCUCCUUCAUAAAUGUCCGGUGACGCCGUCUCGUUGGCCAACACCGCCUAUACGAUUCGUCUGAGGCUCUCGAAGAUCACGACCAACCUCACUAAGACAGACAUUGACUACACGUCGCCCCGGUACGACGAGGAUUGGACCAGGUCCCGUCAGAAACUCCAGCCCUUAUUUUCGCAUGACAACACGCUGCACGUGCACCACAGACCCUCCACCAUAGGGGGAGUUCCCACCAGACGGUCUUCCAACAUUAAUAUGAAUAAUAUGCAACAUCUCAAUAUAGAUAACAAUGGGAACAAUGCAAAGGACCAAAAUGAUCGUACACCUGGCAUAUCUCCGAGCGGGCUUGUGGCAAUUAGACACAUUUUAAAUGUUCCCUUAUCGACUCUCACCACCUUGACCAUUAAACCCGGCGAACCGCAGUUUAUCACGUGGUACUUCAUCUCUCUGUACUUCCCCUUAAUCACUGCUUGUUUGGGCCCCGUGGCUAAUAUGAUUUCUUUUAUUGGUCUCAUCCAGCAUUGGCGUGUGGAUACGUCUACAGGGGAAACUCUUCGGGAUGAGGGGGUACUUCUUGCCUUGAAUAUCAUCAGUUUAGUACUUGGAUUGGUGGGGAAUGUCUCACUUUUAAUGAAUUUUUCCGGUCGUAUCCGAUACCUUGUCACUCAAUGUGUAUCGAUAGCGUGUUGGUUCAUUGCCAGUAUGUUAUUAGUGAUCGAUGUCGCCAUCUCCAAGGUCAUAUACUUCAAGAAACACCACGAGGGGUACACGGGCCCGAUUUAUACGCCAUCUGAAGGGUAUUGGUUUGCAGUAUUCACGGCAUUUCUCUACCUUUUGUGCACGCUUAUUCUUCUGAUCAAUUUCGGGGGGUAUUGGUUGCAAAAAUAUCCUCCAACUUUUAAUCUUGGUCCUAAGCAACGGUCACUUAUGAUCUUUACCAUUUGUUUGGCCAUAUGGUUGCUUGGGGGUGCCAUUCUAUUUGCUCACAUGAUUGAAGGGUUGACCUACGGAUCCUCGUUGUAUUUCUGUACUGUACUGGUUCUUACCAUUGGAUUGGGUGACAUUCUCCCCAUCACUGCUGGUGCCAAGGUUCUUGUAUUGAUUUUUUCUCUUAUAGGAGUGUUGAUCAUGGGGCUUAUUAUCACCAUGAUUAGACAAGUUGUACUUGCUGCUGGUGGGCCCACCAUUUUCUGGCAUCAAAUUGAAAGAGAUAGAAGUCGUGAACUUGUUAAAAUGAAUGAACUGGUCAAUGAAAGUAGGGCAAAUUUGGAUGGAGAUUCUGGUGGAGAUGGACAGUCACAUCUUCCAACUAAUGGAUCGAAGAAGGGGCAGGGGCUGCCUGCUCUUUCAUUCCGCAAAAUGAGAAAUAUCCGAAGAAGGGCAAAGGAAAGACAAACAAACCUCUCGCUUGUCUUGACGGUGCUAAACUUCAUGGCAUUCUGGUGUAUUGGAGCCACCGUGUUCUAUUUUACGGAAGGUUGGUCGUAUUUCAAUGCCUUUUACUUUUGUUUCCUUUGUCUUAUCACCAUUGGGUAUGGAGAUUUCCAUCCAGUAACCCCCCUAGGUCGGGUCUUCUUUGUCUGUUGGGGUAUUUCAGCCAUCCCCUUAAUGACCAUUCUUAUUUCCAAUGUUGGCGAUAAACUCUAUUUUUUUGCCAAUAAAAUGAGUUACUUCAUGGCCAAAUGGUUUUUCCCUGAGUACUAUCGAUUUCUUCUUCAAAAGAGACGUCGUCGGAAACGAAGCCAUGCUACAGGCUCUCUCUCAGCUUCCACAUCUCAUGCUUCUUCCAGUGCGGUGGAUGAGAGUGAAGAAGAAGCCAUUGUAGAUGAAAUGGAGACUGGGGAUCGUGACUCCAUGGAAGAAUAUCUUCAUGGAGCUGAUGAUUCCACCAAACAUGAUCUUGAAAUAGAUUCCAAAGAGGAUGAGCCAACUGACGCUAUAGAUGACCUAUCAGUGAAGUCUGCUUCUUCCUUGCGUGAAGUACCCAAGAGACAUAUCCCUCGAGCAGAGGUAUUAGACCUUGGUCUUGGAAGGUCUGGACGUGCUCCAUCGACCCAUGAUGCUCCUUCUCAUUCACCUACUCCCCCUCCUUCUCCUCCUCCUCCACCCGAUGACAUUCAUCUCAAACUCACCCAAAUCAAAAACCAAGUUUCACGAGUGGCCACAUUUAUAGAUCACAUUAAGCCGCUCAUUGCUGACACGGUAGACGAGCCGACAAAAAAAUAUACCCAUGAAGAAUGGAAGGAACUCCUCCAAGUUCUUAACCCGGAAUUUGCAGACGAUCCGGACCAUGCCCUCAACUCGAUCACGUACUGGCUCAGCGAAGCUCUGCCUCUCCGGCUCCCAUUGAAUGAGCCAAAUUAUCUACUUAUGAAGUUCGUCCUCCAAAUGGAACGCGAGCUUAAGGGUUCACUUGUAGAUGAAGUGCUGGAAAUGGAACGUAUCCUUAAAUAGUGCAUUUGGGAUACUAUCAACUUUAAUAUAAUAUCAAAAGAAGACUAA